UUAUUGAAUAAUCUAUUUUCAAGGAAAUUUAGCAUUACAAUGCAUAUUCAUAUGGAUCCUUUUAAUCUUUCAUGCGACCCAAUAUUUGAACAAGACGAUUAUGACGAAGAGAAUGGAAGUGGAGAAGAUUUUGAGGAGUUUGCUGACGACUGUGAAGAAUUUACUGGAGAUUUAACAAAAAUAUUUACCUCUGCUGGACAUACUAAUUAUAGGCCUAAUCGUCAACACCACAACUCCGAUUCUGCUUCAGCUCUUCGUUCUCAAUCAUUGCGAAGUGGUGAAGCAUAUAUCCAAUCACAUAUGAGCAAAAUUGAAGCAUCAAAAGAACAUCGAAGGCACAAUGAUCGAUCUAAUAGAGCAACUGUGGAACAAGUUUUAGAUCCUCGGACAAGACUAAUACUUUUUCAAUUGAUUCAAAGAGGAUUUUUUGAUACUGUUGAAGGUUGUAUUAGUACAGGAAAAGAAGCAAAUGUCUAUCAUGGCAUCACAGAAAAUGGAAGUUUGGCUGUUAAAAUCUACAAAACGAGCAUUUUGACGUUUAAAGAUCGUGACAGAUAUGUCGCUGGUGAAUUUAGGUAUUUGUUUAAAAUUUUUGUUUUCUCAUUUUUUUAGAUACCGCAAAGGAUAUUGC